AAGUCAAACUCAUGACUGUGCUGUUGUUGGGAGAAAGGUUUUGCAGUCUCAUAAACUUUUAUUUACGUUUGAGAUAACAAAUUAAUAAGGUGUUUUGGUGUCCGACUAUUCCCGAUAAAAGUGAUUUCCUUACGUUGUGGUUCAAUUGGAGCUUGCAUUGCAGUAACACAUCCUUUUUUAUAAGACGAAAUGAGUGAAGUGCUAUUUAAUUUGAAGUGCCAAAUACAUUUCUAAAGUUUUGAUGCAGUCUCCAGUCUGGUGCAUCCAAUGUUCUCAUAUUCUACAGCACAUUUGUAUCGAUAUUUUAUUUGAUCAGGUAGCAGGCUUGAACGUGAUGUAGUCAUAUUAAUUUAUGAAUGAUAAAUAUUAAUUGAACACUGAUCACUCAUUUCCCUUUGAAGUCAAGAUUUGCAGAUGUCAAGUGAAGUGAUGCCUAAAAAACUCCUGAUUUUGAUGUAUCUGUCUUGAAAAAUUUGAAGUAUGUGUAUCAAAGAGAGUCAUCAGGUACUCAACUGUACACAAAUGUGUACAUAUUUGGUUAACACUACAUGAUUAUUGAACACAGUAUUAUGAUGUACCCAUCAAAUAAAAAUGAAUCAGCUGCUAAAUCUAAAAUUUCCUGCCAAUAUGACAACCCUUGCAACCCAAAGGACAGUGAUUACGAAAAGUUAUUCUGCCCAAAUAAUGAACUCUCUGAGCCUUCCAGGACUCGAAGUGACAGACUGAAAACAGGCUCUUCCUGCCAAGCUUUGAAGCAUGCUGUAGCUGCCCUGCACCGAAUAGAUGACUUCCACAAGGAAAAAAUUGGAGAGGGUUUCUUCUCAGAGGUAUUCAAGGUGACGGACCAGUCCACCGGUCAAGUGAUGGUGCUCAAGAUGAAUACCCGCCACUCGAACAGACGGAACAUGCUCAAGGAGAUCGAGCUGAUGAACCGACUGUCGCACCCCAACAUCCUUCGGCUCAAGGGCGUUUGCGUGCAUCAGGGGCAGCUGCACGCCCUUACCGAGCACAUCGACGGCGGGUCGCUGUAUCAGCUGAUCCAGGAUAGGGCGGUGGAGGUGGCUCAGGAGACCAGGGUGGGAGUGGCCAGGGACGUGGCCAGGGGGAUGGAGUACUUGCAUUCGAAGGGGGUGAUACACAGGGACCUGACCAGCAAGAAUAUCCUGAUCAAACCGCUGGACAACGGCAGAAUACGCGCCAUCGUAGCCGACUUUGGCCUGUCGACGGACAUUCCCGAUCCGAAAGAAAAGGAGAGAACGAAACUGCCCAUUGUCGGAUCGGCCUACUGGAUGUCGCCCGAGAUGCUCAAGGGCAAGCACUACGACGAACGCAGCGACAUUUUCGGCUACGGCAUCGUCUUGUGCGAACUGAUCGCCAGAGUGGAGGCAGAUCCGGACUACCUGCCGCGGACCGACAACUUCGGCCUGGACUAUCUGGCCUUCACCGAGCUGUGUGAGCCGAACGUCGUACCUGAGUUUUUACGGUUGGCCUUCAGAUGUUGUAACGUGGAUCCCAAAUGUCGGCCAACGUUCGCCGAGAACGUGCGCACGUUGAGCGACAUUCUGAGCGACGUGAAACAGCAACAACCGGAAGCAAUCGGAGACAAGGAGAAGCGCAUGGCCGGAUGCGCCGCGAAAAGCGAAGAACAGCUCACCGUUCUGGCGCACCAGUCCUGCGCUCCGCAACACCAGAAAACCCACCACCGCCGCUCCCUCUCCGAGGACACCACCAUGCUCUGCCCCGCCCUCGCCACGCCCAGCGACAAGGCGCGCCGCCACGCCCUCCUCAUGUGCCGCCAGGACCCCCACUACACCCCGCGCACCACCAACCCCUUCCUCUCGCUGCAUUUCCGCGGCCACCAAAAGUUCCUCGGCAACUUCUCCUCCUGCCUCGAGAUCCCCGCCCCCGAAGCGCCCACAUCGCUGCCCGGCAGCGGCUCCAAUUGGUCGGAGGAGGGGCUACGGAGGCGUGGCUCGUGCGAGUCGGGGUUCUACUCGAGCGUGGGGGAGUGUCUGUCGCCCAAUAGCGUGUGGGGCAGCUCGCUGCCGUCGUUAGAGCAUGCGCAUGCGUGGUGUAAGCGCGCCUCAUCGAUUUACACGGACAGCAGCGAGGACGUGUCAGGGUCGGAUUGGCCCGACGAGAUGCAGCCGAAUAUUUCGACGAUCGUGGAGCAAGAUUCGGGCGGGUCGAGCACGUGUUCGCAGGUCAGCGUGCCGAGGACGAAGUGCUCGCGAUUGGUUGUUUGCGAGGGGGCUGUCAGGUCGAAGUUGCCGCUGUUCGAUAAGAAGUAG